AUGUUUCAUUCUUGUGCGGUAGUAAUAGCGACUUUUAUUCAGAACAGAGACAAAGUUGACUGUGAUACCUCCACCGUUUCCUUAACAAUAUUGCGUAUGGGCAUUCACUGUCUAAGAGAUGACUUUGUGGAAUUAUCGAUGGGUGUAGAAGUAAUUGGUUUAACGAUGAGUGUGUUUUUCUCACAUUUUUUCUUUCACCCCAACACUUAGCACUCCUUACCUAUCACUGUGUGUGUUUGUGUGUUCAGUGUUUUCGGCUCCACAAUGAGAAUUUGUUUACUUCGUUGGCAAAGCAAAAACCUGCCAGCCAUUUACUAGCCACGAUCAGCGCUGUUGUGAAUACGCGUGAGGUUAAGUAUUAUGAGAGUUCAGUAUAAUCUAUUCAUUCGUUUACAUUUAGUCCGUAGGUACUAUAUUUGAAUUUGACCUCCGAAAUUAAGUUUAAGCUUUUAAGAUGAGUUUCGAAGUUGUGACUAUCUUGUUUAACUUUCACCACUAGACGUGCGUAGGUGGACUACUGUCCUUGGCCAUGACCCUAACGAAAGUUUAUUCUUGUUUUGGCUUACGCAGUUAAAGAGGAGGGUCCAAAUUAGACUUUUCCAAUCCCGUAUCCCGCCGCUAUCUUUCAUUCCUUCCGCCAUCCCGCUGCAGUGAACAUUUUCAUCCUGAUCUCGCCUGGUUAAACCCAAAGGUGUCGCGAUCUGCAGCUAGAUUUUUCUUUAUCGCAACCCAACAUUCUUGCAUGGCGGAGGACUUGGUAACACAUGAUAAGAUUUAGAACUAAAGUUUCCACUUAUUUUCAUUUAUUAGCAAAAAUUGUUAAAUGCGAUAAAUCUUUUGAAUUUUUAACUCGAAAUGUAGAAGAAACUGAAGUAAACACCACAAGCCGCGAGUGAUGGAUGGAUAUUAUAGAGUAGCUUGCAGAUACUUAUUAAAAUACUCGAUUUUAGCUUGGAGUAAGUGAUUUAGAAGUUGGAUACUUUCAACGAGUUUAGGUUCAUGAAUUUAAGACUUUGACAGAUGUUGAUCUUGAAUGUAACCCUCUCAUUCUAAGAAAGAUGUUGAUUUGCAUUUAGAGCGGCACUUCAUGCUGUCUAGUUUUUCGCAGUAUUUAAUUUGCAUAUAAAGCUGUGUACAAGUUGAUAGUUUGUAAAGCAAGAAUUAGAAUAAAAGUUAUCUACAUUUCACAAGAAAACAAAUCCAUUCUUUGAGAACUAAGAAUGUCUCAAGAUCAUGGCGUUCCAAACUCUGUAGAUGGGAAUAACUGAAGGUUACUGAUCUGAAUCGAUAAAUUAACAUACAGUCUAAGAUUGCAUGUGGCUACAGAGGUAGCCCAAUUUUUAUGGCAUGGAAAAGAACUAGAAGUUGUCUAAUGACGCUAGAUGGUAGUGUUAAAGAACAUUUGUGAAAAAUUGCCACAUUCCAGAUAUUCAUGGCUAAUUGACAUGUAACCAAUAAUUAAUGGUCCAAAUCCGCUCUGACCGGUUCACCAGCCGCGAACAAGAGUGAUGUGAAUGCUAAGCCAGAUUUAAAGCUAUAAAUCGGUAUAAUUAGUCAUUCUUUUAAAUCUAGACUUUUUUAUUAUCAAAAAUAAACGCAAAAACGGCGAGGAUUUCGAUGAACACACAUCAGAUAGAGAUACUUCAUUUGUAACAUUUAUUGUAGAUGGAAUGAAAUAAACACGUAACCUGAUAACAAGCAACAAUACUGGACGAAUAAAAUAGAGUACUAUGUACAAAAUAGAAAACUCAAUUAUUGCUUCGAGUGAGCGGUUAAGAAGUCUGACACUUUCUAAGAAUAUUCAUUUAUGAUUUCAAGAUUUUAGCUAAUAUUGAUCAAAAUUUUUGACUCUCUCUUCCUAACAAAGAUGUUGAUUUGCAUUUAAGUAGUUCCAACUGCUAAAUUACAUUCUUUGUAUCGCCAUUAUUUUUCCCAACAUGAAUGUCAUCUUUAAAAGAACGUGUAUUCCAAAAAUUUCGACCAAGAAAACCGAGAGGUUUUAAGUUAUGACCUUUGAAGGUUGCUUCUCAGAGCAGUUUUCGCGGGUAAAAAUACGAGCACGAUAACCCAAAGUUAUUUAUCCGAACCUUUACGAAACUGCAGUUAUUUUAAGAAUGUUAUUGACUGCACUUGAAGACGACCUAGUCUAACACUCUUUUCUACGAAUAUUGAUGUAUGAAUUAAGAUUUUGACGUGUUUUUUCCCUCUCUCAUUGUACGACAGAAGUUGAUUUGCAUUUAACCGACACUUCAAGGUGAGUAACUUCACGCAAUAUUUGACACUGAAUUAAAGCUGUGUGCAAGUUUAGUUUUGCAAAAUCAAGAAUAAGAACAAAGGUAUUUAUAUCUAAAACAAACUGGACAUGUCUUGAGCAUUGAAAAUGUAACCAAGUUAUCUUGUUUCAUUGAUCUGUAAACGGGAAUAACUAAAGUUGACUAAUCUGAAUGGUUAAGAAUAAUAACGAAACCACAGUUAUCUUAAGAAUGUUGUUUACUACACUUGAAUAACUCAUUUUAAAAACAACUUAGUCAGAAAUUUUCUUAGAAAAUUCGCUCAUGAAUUUAUGAUUUUAAUUCAUGGUGUAGAUCUUUUCCUUAUCUCGUAUUACGACUCAUGCGAACCGGUAGUGAAUUUCAGAGCGUGUAUUGCAGGGUUCGUCAUCAGUCAGUCGACCAGAGUUACUCAGACAUUAAGUAACAGUCGCUCGCAUUCAAUAAACCAGUAAGAGUCAGAGUGGUUACAGAGUGAUUUUCCUGUAACUAGAAUUGUAUUAGAGAAAAAAGAUUAAGAAGACCGUAAGAGGACAAGUCGAGGGUCCUUGAUGCCUUUUCUUAGGCGAGGUAGGCUCUGCAUCUAGUUUUCUUCCAAAAAACACGACAACUAAGACACUAUUGUAUCAUUGAAAUUUUUGAGACGCAGAAAUUUGAAUUUUUCUAUUGAACACUUCAGCUGUGCAAGAUUGCGUCACAAAGAAUAUUCGGAGAACCAAUUAGUUCUAAAUUAGUACAGACGUGGAAGUCAGACUAGCCGAAGGAAACUUUGCAGUUUUUCAGUCGAAGCUGAGCGCAAAAGCCUCUGAUUACGAACAGUGCAGAAAUCUAUUUCAUUAACUGAGCCUGUGUCAAUACAAGCCGACUUACUACGCGACCAAAUGUAAAGUCUGUCGAUAUGGAAGUGGAAGAUCUUGUGUGGUACAGUCCUUUCGUGUUCUUUGGUGGAGCUAUUUUAAGUUUUGCUGAUCCCAUCACCGACAUACUCACAGUGGUGGAAUUCUACCGCUCGGAUCACAAGACAUGGUUUGGUGUGGGACUUACUUUUGUUGUAUUGCCAUGUUUUGCGUUUCCAGUAUUGUUCAUCCUGUUUCGUGCCCAAUCAACUGCUUCACCUUCUAGUUGGGCAAAAACUGCUCUUUGUGCAAUGCAUCCAUUUUCAGCAGCCUUCGUGAGACUAGAGGCUUUUAUUUUCUGUCUCAAGAAAUGCUGGUCUGGAGAUAAUAUCGACCUGGACAGCUCUGAACAAGCUGAAGAUGUAUUCACUCACAUUAGGUUUGCUGUGCUCUUUGAGGCAGUCCUUGAGUCCGCCCCACAAUCUAUAAUUCAGUUGUACGCCAUCACUGUUCAAGAGGAACCAGCUGCAAUGAUCCAAAUCAUUUCUUUACCUAUUUCUUUCCUCACUCUGGCAUGGGCCUUCACAGCCACUGAUAAGUGGUCUCUUGACGAGCACAUAAUAAUAACAUCAAGUUGCGAUGACCUGAAUGUUAAACACCAACUAGCAUUGUAUGUGACUCAUUUACUUCUCCUGAGCAGUCGACUGUCCGCUAUCUGUUUUUUCACUGUCAGCUACAAGUGGUGGGUUAUUUGCGUGUUGACGUUUCAUUGGAGUGCGGUAGUAAUAGCGACUUUUAUUCAGUAUAGAGACGAAGUUGAAUGUCAAACUUCUGGUGUCUUGAUUCCGUUGUUUAUGGGCAUUAACUGUUUAAGAGAUGACUUUGUGGAAUUUUCGAUUGGUAAAAAUGCAAUUGGUCUAACUAUGAGCGUGUAUUUCUCACAUAUUUUGUUUGUAUUAGAAAACUUCUUUAUGAUCCUAUUGUUUUAUUUCAAUUAUCACCUCAACGCUUGGUACUUUUUACCAGUCACGGUGUGUGUUUGUGUGUUCAGUGCUGUUGGCUCCACAAUGAGAAUUUACUUACUUCGUUGGCUUAGGAAGAGACCUGUUGGCGGUUGAGCAGCCUCAACAGCAACGUGAUGUGAAUAUAUGUGGUGUGAAGUAUUAUGUUAGUUCAGUAUAAUCGAGUCAUUCGCCUAUAUUUUGUCUGUAGCUAUUAAUUAAAUUUGAAGUCGGAAGUUAGGUUUAAGCUAUCAAUAUGAGUUUCGAAAUUGUGACUAUCUUGUUUAACCUCCAUCACUAAACGUGCGUAGUUGGGCAACUGGCCCUGGUCAUGACCCUCACGAAAGUUGCAGGCAUAUUUAGCCGGCUAAAAAACUUCCUCGAUGUGUUAUAAGUGAGACAAAAUCACCACCUAAGGAAGGACCAACAGAAUAGCUAUCUUGUUACAUAGAUGACAUUUUUUAGCUAAUCGCACAACAACAGAGGUCAUAUCUUAAAGAUACAACAGACUUCAGCAACUUCAUAGCAAAAUGCUCCUAUUUUGGCUUACACGGUCAAAGACUGAUUCUUUUGUAGAAGAUUAUGCGUUAUGUUUUUAGUGCGUUGUUUUUUAUUUUGUAAGAGGCUAAUAUGAAAGAGCUUAGAUUAGUGUUCUCACAACAAAUGUUAAAUCUUCCAAGGUCAGUUGACAAGCAUGCUCGCUCAGAAUCGAGAGUCCUUGGUGCCUUUGGUAAAACCGUUAGAUUGCUCGUUAUUGCAACCCAAUAUACUUGCAUUUAAUUAAAAAAUUUAGACCAAGAAAACCGAAAGACUCCAAGUUAUGGCCUUUGAAAGUUGCGUUCCUAGAGAAGUUUUCGCGGGUAAAAAUACAAAUAUGAUAACCCAAAGUUAUUCAUCCGAACCUUUACGAAACUGCAGUUGUUUUAAGAAUGUUAUUGACUGCACUUUAGUACACAUUUUAAAGACAACUUAGUCUAACACCCCUUUCUAAGAAUAAUAGUUUAUGAAUUAAGAUUUUAUCUUGUUAUGAUUUAGAUUUUUCCCUCUCUCAUUGUACGGCAGAAGUUGAUUUGCAUUUAACCGACACUUCAAAGUGUGUAACUUCACACAGUAUAUGAUAAUGCUGUGUAGAAGGCUAGUUUUGUAAAAUCAAGAAUUAGAAUAAAGUUAUAUAUUUCUUAAAGAAAGUGGACGCUUCUUGAUUAUUGGUAAUAUAACGAGAUUAUCUUGUUUCACUGAUCUGCAAAUGGUAAUAACUAAAGGUUAUCAAACCGUAUCGUUGAGAAUAAUAACGAAAGCAUAGUUAUUCUAGCUAAGAAAGUUAUUAACUGCCCAUAAAUAAAUAAAUCUUAAUAGAUGUUUUGGUGUGUAGUAUCGCUGGGUAUUUUACGAGUCAAAAUACAAACAAUCACAGGUGGCCCAAGCUCCAGCUGUGAGAUGAUUAUCUUGCGAAAUGAUUCAUGGCGUAAUUAUAGGAGGUUUUGUGGGAAUAUUUACCACCGCUCUUAGGAAUAAAAUCAAAUUCGCGAUAAAAAAACCUUAUCUUACUUCCAUAGUGCAUUACUUGUUGUCUGACCGCUUACUACGUUGAAAGAACCCGAGUUGUCCAUUUCUAGGUUUACUACAUAAAAGAAGCUUAUUGGUUUAAGAAUUUAAGAUUCUGAUUGAUGCGGCACAUUUCAUCCAUCUCUCGACGCAUGCCUAUGCAUGUCUCUCCAAGACUGCGUCACAAAGAACAUCCGGCAAUCAUUUACUUUCUUCUAAAAUUAAUACAGACGUGCAGCACACCUCCUUCCGUGACCUUAAGAGUGAGAUCAAAUUAGCCAAAGGAAACUUUGCAGUUUUUCAGUCGAAGCUGACUUACUAAGCGAGCUAACGAAAGGUCCGUCGAGAUGUUAGUGAAAGAACUUAAGUGGUACAGUCUCUUUGUGUUCUUUGUUGGAGUUAUUUUAAGUUUUACUGAUCACAUCACCGACAUACUCACACUGGUAGAAUUCUACCGCGCGGAUCACAAAACAUGGUUUGAUGUGGGGCUUACUUUUGUUUUAUUGCCAUGUUUUGUGUUUCAAGUAUUGUUCGUCCGGUUGCGUACCCAAUUAAUUGCUUCACCUUCUAAUUUGGCGAUGAAAACUGCUUUUUGUGCAUUACGUCCAUUUUCAGUAACCUUUACAAGACUCGAAGUUUUUUUUUCUUUCUCAAGAAAUUGUUGUUUAAAUUAAGGUGAAGUCGACCGGGUCAGCUAUGAAAAAGCUGAAGAUGUAUUCACUCACAUUGAGUUUGCUGUGCUCUUUGAGGCAGUCCUUGAAUCCACUCCACAAUUUAUAAUUAAGUUGUACGCCAUUAGUCUUCGAGAGGAACCAGCUGCGAUUAUCCAAAUAAUUUCUCCACCUAUCUCUUGCCUCAUUCUGGCAUGGGCCGCUCACCAAGUAGCAUGGUACGAUAUCUCUCCUUUGAUGUUACGCGGGGGAUCCUUGUCAAUCUCGUCUUCUACAGUCAUCAACCGCACCAUAAUUGACCACUUUGACAAGUUAUUUGAGAGAUUCGACAGUCAACUAAGCGGGUCCUUAGAUAGAGUUAAUGACAUGAUCAGCACAAUACAGAGUAUCAGCGAAACGUCACUGGCAGAGUAUCUUUCCUAUGCCGCAUGUGCACUGUCCGUCAUUAACCUCGUUGUGUUUUGUGUUACUUUCCGCUGUGUCUUCAGGAUGUUCCGUCAUCAACCUAAACAUAAGCUGUCUAAGGAAAUCGAAGUACCUCACUACGAAAAACAUGCAACCAAUAAUUAA